GCUGCCUAUCGCCGUCCGUCACAGAAAGCGAUGCGGUGACUGCUUAAUGCUGACGGUCUCACUUUACGGACUGACCCGCCUGCUCUCUGUGUCCCGUCAGCCAUCAUGGAGGAACCCCAGAGAAAAAAGAGUCAGCGACAUGAAGGCACCAAGCCCAGGAAGGUCAGGUUCAAACUGGCGUCGUCCUACAGCGGCCGGGUCCUGAAGCACGUGUACGAGGACGGACAGGAGCUGGACAGCCCCGAGGAGAAGUACCCUCACAGUUUCCUCCCGCACGGCAAGAUACCGCCCAGCCACCUGGAGAUGGAGCAGUUGUGCGGCUUUCAAGAGCCUCCGUCGGAGCAGCGGGGUGUCGAGCCUCCAACCGGGCUCAUUGCCCAGAGAAUCAACGUGUACAGAGGAAUGGGAAGCUACAAGGCUGCUGCAGGCCCGACCGACCAAACAGAUGGAGAUACUAAAUCGUCGGUGUUGGACUUUGGAAAGAUCAUCAUCUACACCAGCAAACUGCGCAUCGUACGAGCACCCGCCAGGAAAAGCGAGGCAUUGUGUUACGGUGCGGCGCCCCCUGUGGACGCGGAGGGACACCCGCAGGCCCGUGAGCGGGGCAGCAGGAGGCGAGCCAAGGCCGUCGCGACGCAGGAGGGAGAGCGGAAAGUGAUGACACACACGCAGGAAUGGAGCGACUGCCAACUCUGCGGCGGCUCGGGCUGCACGCCGUGCUCGCUGUGUCACGGCAGCAAGCUGUCCAUGCUGGCCAACCGCUUCAAUGAGUCCAUCAGCGAGCUGCGUUGCCAGGCCUGCUACCCUCACGGUCUAGAGAGGUGCCAGGCCUGCGCCGGCAAGUCGCCAUUUUCGCCCGCCGCUCGCGCUCGGCCCGAGGGGGAGCCAGCCAGCCAGUGAAUGCGAGCGUGUUUCACACUCAAGUGUGUGUCCAGGCGCCACUAUUGCUUAAUCCCAAAUGUUCAUGGCGGGGUUUCAAGCGUAAACCAUGGCUGAAUUGGGGAAUUACAACCAUUCAGCAUGCCCGUAAAAGAGAAUUUUUAAUGCGUGCAGUGUACAUAAUCUUCUCCCUUUUUUUUCAGGUCACAUCAUUUUGCAUCUAUCCGAUCCUUGAUUAUAUAUAGUGCUGCAACGAUUAAUCGAUUAACUCGACUAUUCGAUUAAAAAAAUAUUCGAAUUAAAUUUUGCUGCUUCGAGUAUUCGUUUAAUUAAAAUGGCAUUGUGAUGGUUUGUUCUGAAAGUGUUUGCAUUUAGUUUUAUUGAUUUGGAUGGAUACACUGCCCUCUGGUCUGCCUUAUUUCACAUGGCUGAAUCCAGCUGCUCCCUGUUAAGACCAACAUAAGUUUUUGUUUGAGCUUAUGUUUUUUUAAUGCAUUCGUAAUUUAGUUAUAAAGGUAUAUUUAUGUGUUUUUUUGUGGGAAUAUGUGUUUGAACUAUUUGUUAAGAGCAUUGUAAAAAAAAACAAAAAAAAAACGUUGGCAUUUUAUAGCAUUUAAACUAGCGGACUUCUGCUAUGAAAGUUAGCCAAUUGUUUUUAUGUACAUACAGUGCCUUUCAAAAGUAUUCGGCCCCCUUGAAUCUUGCAACCUUUCGCCACAUUUCAGGCUUCAAACAUAAAGAUAUGAAAUUUAAUUUUUUUGUCAAGAAUCAACAACAAGUGGGACACAAUCGUGAAGUGGAACAACAUUUAUUGGAUAAUUUCAACUUUUUUAACAAAUAAAAAACUGAAAAGUGGGGCGUGCAAUAUUAUUCGGCCCCUUUACUUUCAGUGCAGCAAACUCACUCCAGAAGUUCAGUGAGGAUCUCUGAAUGAUCCAAUGUUGUCCUAAAUGACCGAUGAUGAUAAAUAGAAUCCACCUGUGU